GAACCAUCCCACUUUGGACACAUCAGCCCCUGAGCACAGAUCCUGCCUGUGGUCCCCCAACUUGGGUGAUACUAAGAGAGCCUGGCUAGCUAACCUUCCGGGUGGGUUGGAGGAAUGGCCAUUAACGCACAAUGGCAUCUUUGUCCUGGGGUCUCAGAUUGUUGGCGUCUGCACCGAGGAGCUCCACGCAGCCCAGCAGUGGAAUGGGCAGGGCAUCCUCGAGCUGCUGCGGACGGUACCCAUCGCUGGCGGCCCCUGGCUGAUAACUGACAUGAGGAGGGGAGAGACCAUAUUUGAGAUCGAUCCACACCUGCAAGAGAGAGUUGACAAAGGCAUUGAGACGGACGGGUCCAACCUGAGUGGUGUCAGCGCCAAGUGUGCCUGGGAUGACCUGAGCCGGCCCCCCGAGGACGACGAGGACAGCCGGAGCAUUUGCAUCGGCACUCAGCCCCGGCGGCUCUCUGGCAAAGACACGGAGCAGAUCCGGGAGACCUUGAGGAGAGGACUUGAGAUCAACAGCAAACCCGUCCUUCCGCCAAUCAACCCCCAGCGGCAGAACGGCCUCACCCACGACCGGGCCCCGAGCCGCAAAGACAGCCUGGAAAGUGACAGCUCCACGGCCAUUAUUCCCCAUGAGCUGAUCCGCACGCGGCAGCUCGAGAGCGUACAUCUGAAAUUCAACCAGGAGUCAGGAGCCCUCAUUCCUCUCUGCCUAAGGGGCAGGCUCCUGCACGGACGGCACUUUACAUAUAAAAGUAUCACAGGUGACAUGGCCAUCACCUUUGUCUCCACGGGAGUAGAAGGCGCCUUUGCCACCGAAGAGCACCCUUACGCAGCUCAUGGACCCUGGUUACAAAUUCUGUUGACUGAAGAGUUUGUAGAGAAAAUGUUGGAGGACUUGGAAGAUUUGACUUCUCCAGAGGAAUUCAAACUUCCCAAAGAGUACAGCUGGCCCGAAAAGAAGCUCAAAGUCUCCAUCCUACCUGACGUGGUCUUCGACAGUCCGCUGCACUAGCCUGGGCUGGGCCCUGCAGGGGCCAAGGGAGAGCCCAGCUGCUCCCCGGUGACUCCAGUGUAACAACUGUGUAAAUGAGACUCCCACAAAUAAAAGGACAAGUGUGAGGAUGACCACGCAGCCACUGCGCCCGUAGCCCGCUGGGAUGCCACGCACAGGCCGCAGGCCCACCCCCUCAUCUGCAGCUCGGGGGCCUCCCCCGGCAGCCAGCCAAGCCAGGUGACCAGGCCCUGGCCCCAGCGGGCCACAGUUGGGCAAAUGCCAACCUUCCCCUCCUGCCACUGCCACAGGUUCCGUUUUGAGAUUUGCCUCCGGACCUCUGAUGUGCUCCUAGGUGGAGACAGGCCUGGUUCUCACCUACCCUCUGCCACACAGCCCAGCAGGAAGGAGGCGGAGUGGCCGCCUGCGCUGCCCAGCUCAACUCUGGGGUGCCUUUGUUAGUCAAGCUCCUCUGGCCAUGGAACGAGUCCUUCGAUCGUGUUUGGUUUUCUUCCUCCUUAUUUUAUUUUAUAGAAACCGGAUGGUAUUUUAUUGCUCUUCACAGAUGUCCAGAAGCCAUCUAUAUAAUGUUUUUUAAACAGAACUUUAUUUCCAGAUGAACUUUCUCAUUCUCUCAGACAAGGGCCUGGGGCCAUCUCCCCCUGAGCUGCCACCAGAGAAGGUGCCAGUGUUCGCCUGCCAGUCCGGGGCCCUGGAGGAGCCAGCUUCGCAGAGAGGCUUUUCUUCCCAGCUGGGCCUGGUGGAGCCGAGGCACUCCCCCAUUGCAGCCUUGAGCCCAGUUUAGCUGGGCCAGGAAGGGCUGCUUCUGGUUCCCAGCUGGACUGGGGCCCCACAAAGUUCAAGGAUCAUCAGGAUCUCCGAGACAUGGUGACUGCAGCCUCAUCUUCCAGGCGUUUUCCUCCCAACCAGGCGUGCCUGAGAGAGGGCAAAGCCCAGCGCUUCACAGACCAUCCCCACCUGCCACUCAGGGCCUGGGUCUCCAGCUCUCUGCCACUCCCAUCCCAUUUCCUCAUCCCCUGGGCCUCCCAACCUCCAGGCUGCAGGACUCUGGCUUAUUAAAAACAGAAAAAUCAACCUCUCAACAUGUCUUUCAUUUUGGUUUUGCAAACGCUGCACUCUCCUGCCCUCCCGCCCUCCCUGCAUCCAUUCAUUUCUCAUCCUUCAUUCUCUACCCCUUGUCCUGUCUCCUUUCCUGCAUCCUGGCCUCUUGCAGUCCUUGGUCCCUCACCCCAGUAUUGCAGAUCUCGUGGUCUUCCUAUCUCAUAGCCAACCUAUCUCUGACCCAUGGUUUUGGGGUUCUUCUUGGGUUGUCUCCCACUUUCGACCUGGAAUCAGCAAGCCCCUUUCGUGCCCCCUUACCACCAACUCCAGGGACGGCUAUUCCGAGAUCACCCUUCAGGCCUUUCCAAAGCAAAGUCCUUUUGUCUGUCACAGACUACACAGGCCUGUGCCCUGUCCCUGUCUGCAGCCACCACACACACAGGCACCACCGGGAGUGCCAAGGAGGCCCACAGGGUGCAGGACGCCUCUGAUGAGCAGUCUAGCCAAAGAGCUGCCUCCAGGGGCCGUGAGGGUAGUGGCCAGGCUGUUGGACUUCCGAGGGGCCACUCGGGUCUGGUUCCUUCUCUGCAUGCACCAGCAGGGCUGCCUGGUUAACCCCAUCAAACUCAGCGCUUCACGGCGGAUCAGCCUGGCAUUUGGGAGAGACGCCCCCCACACACACACAAGCGCCGAAGAUGGAAGCCCCUCUGGACCUGAUGUUGGCAGCAGCUGUGCCUUCUGAGGACUUUUCCAGAAGGACGUUUCCUGGCCUUCACCCACCACAGCAUCCCUGCCUUUAAAGCUCUUGUCUUCAGACAUUUCAUGGCCAAAGAGGUGCCAUUGGCUUGCCUCCCUGCUUGCCAUCCUGACCUGCCUCUCCACAGAUUCUUUCUUCUGGGGACCUGCCUCUACCUGCCUGGUUUGGCUUGGGGGGAGGGGGUAUUUUCUGAGCUAGGUUUUGUUGUCAGUGUGGGAGGCAGAAGGGAAGCAGGGGAGCUCUGAGACGAUGAGCCUGUGAGGCCUGUGGCCCUUUCCUGCCCCGUCAGUGUGGGGAACCUCCAAAGUUCGGCUGGGACCAGCCUCCAUCUCCUUUCCCUACAGUGCAUGGGCUCUGGGGGAGUGGUAGAACAUUCGCCAUCUCUGCCCAGACCUCCUUUCCCUUAGGCAGUGGUGCCUUCCAGAGGUUUCUCAGCGAGGGGGCCCUCCACUGAGCUUCUGCCUGGUGAGAGGGGACCCUCACUGGGGAUGAAGCGAGGCUGACCAUGGCACAUGCCCAGCACAGCACUUGGCAUAUGAUGGGCGCUCACUAGAUGGACCCCUUCUUUCCCUCCCUGUAGCUCUUUGGGAGCCCUGACCUCGUAGUAAGUUGGGGAGUUAAGAAGCCUCCCUCCCUAAUCAGCCUUCCUCGAAACUUGCCCCAUCCUACCCAGUCCCUCCAGGUCCCCAUGGCUGAAGCUUCCUAGAAGAAGGGGCUCCCCCAUGCUGUUUGCCAGCUACACGAGGCAGACGCCCACGGCUCCUGAGGUCCAGUGUGGGCUGCAGGAGGACCACAGACCCAGCUGCCAUUCUGUGGGGCUGGAGAGGCUCAUGCAAGGUCUCAGGUCUGGCUGAGGAGCUGGUGCCUCUUCCUGCCCUUCUCUUCCCAGGGCGAGGCUUCAGGGCAGGGACUGGGAAGCCUUGGGGAGAGUCUAAAGGGCUAGCACGUUUUAAAAAAUAAACACAGGGUCUUGAGACUGGGUUUUGAGAUUGAGUUGAGAGCAGGGAAAGAACCUGAAGGUCGGCCCCUAUGGGGCAGACCAGGAGAGAAUUCCCUUGACUGUAUUUUUUUAUCUGGUUGUCUUUCCUCUCUGGCUUCCAGGUCCCUGUGCCAGGUGAGGUACCUGGGUCCCUGUUGUAAGUCAGGAGCCCUGUAGAAAGAGCCCUCCUUUUGUACAAGUACCUGAAUGCUGCAAUGAGCAGACUUUUGUAAAAUUUUAUAUUAGUUUCUAAUGUCAAUGGUGACUCGGUUCCUGGGGGCUGCAGCCAGCCUGGGACUUUUGUAAGAAUUUUUGGGUGACUCACUUAGAUGUCGUUUCCUUCUUGCCCCCUCUUCCUCUGUGUAAUCUAAGUGCAUUAAACGUAUUUGCAGAAGUGCCUGGGUCUUGUGCUCCUUUCUGGCUGCCUGGAGUAGGGGAGCAGAAAGCCAGGGGCCCUGCCAGAGGGGGUGGGUUGGACUCAGCCACUUAGAAGAAGCCAGGAUGUGGAAAGGCCCUGAAGACUGAUGUUGGGAGUGGAGAGGGUGCCAGGGAAGCAGGACCACACGGCCUGUGGCUCUUCAGUCAUGCAGAAAUGACCUCGCAGCACCAAAAGGAAGGAGAAUGGAGCUUCUGGGUCUUAACCUUGACAAGCCAGAGGAAGGCCACCUGAGCAUUAUUGAGCCGCUACGAUAACACUGUGGGAAUGGUAAGAACUAGAAAAUAUGUUCACUUGUCCUUUCAACAAACGUGUGGCAGGCACUCGGCUAUAUGCUGGGAGACUCUUCACAGGCCUGGCCUUAAGGAGCUCAUAGUGCAGUGGGGGAAGAUGGGCCGGGAAACAAUUGCAAGAGCCCUAAAAGAGGAAGGCAGUAAGCUGCUUCCGAUCCUACCCGAGCUCCACCACUUGUUAUCAGUUUGACUUUAGGCAGGUUAACUAAUCUGUGCCUCAGUUUCUUCUUCUAAAAGUGGAUAUUUGCUUCACAGAGGUUUGGCAAGGAUUAUGUGUAAUAAUACACAUGAAAUGCCUGGCACAUAGUAAUUGCUCAGUUAGGGUUAACACUUUAUUAAAGGGCUAUGCUAGGAUAUAGCAUAUCUCCCCAACCCAGUCUGGGGAGAUUUAUAAACCUUCCUGAAAGAAAUGACAUCUAAGUCAAAACCUGAUGCUUAAGGAUGAAUUGGGCAAAAGAAGGUGGGGCUAUACUUUGAAAAGCUCUCCAGGCAGACAGAACAACAGGGGCAAAGCCCCAAAACUCUUCUUGGGAACUGUGGAGUUCCAAUUGCCUAGAGUACAUGGCUUAAGUCAUCCAGCUUUCACAGUAGAACCAUCCCCCUGCCUUCUGGAUGAAGAACAUUUUGAAAGAGAGCUAGAUUGGAGGCAAGGUGACCAGUCAAGCCUAGAUUAGGGUAGAAGUGGUAGGAAUGGAGAGAAUGGGAUUCAUUCAUUGAUUCAACAAAUAAUUAUUGAGCAGCUACUAUGUGCUAGGUCC